AGUGGUGACUAGACUCCCCCGCUGGUCUUCUACGCCCGAUUUCAUCUCCGAUCAGUUUCCUAGGGUUUCUCUCCCUACUCCAAAACCCCUAACCAGAUCUGCUCUUCUCGCUCCUCCUCCUCCGUCGCUGCGAUGGGCGCUAAGGCCGAGAACGGUCCCAAGCCCCCUCCGCCCCUCUCCUCUCCGCCUCCCUUCAAGGCCCUCGUGAAGCUCAAGACCAAGCAGCAGGAGCUCUUGAUCCGCUCCGCCGCCCUCGCCCUCAUCUACGUCCUUGCAUUUGCCAUCCGCCUCUUCAGCGUUCUUCGCUACGAGUCCAUGAUCCACGAGUUCGACCCCUAUUUCAACUAUCGCACCACCCUUUUCCUCACCCGCAACGGCUUUUAUGAGUUCUGGAACUGGUUCGACUCGGAGAGCUGGUAUCCCCUCGGCCGCAUCAUCGGCGGCACUCUUUACCCCGGCCUCAUGGUCACCGCGGCCCUCAUCUACCGCGCCCUCCGCUUCCUCACCUUUGCCGUCCACAUCCGCGAAGUCUGUGUCCUCACCGCCCCCUUCUUUGCCUCAAACACAACCCUCGUCGCUUACUUCUUUGGCAAGGAGAUCUGGGACGCUGGCGCGGGGCUGGUCGCCGCCGCCCUCAUCGCCAUCUGCCCCGGCUACAUCUCGAGGUCCGUCGCCGGAUCGUAUGACAACGAGGGGGUCGCGAUCUUUGCGCUUCUAUUCACGUUCUACCUUUUCGUCAAGGCUGUGAACACCGGAUCGCUGGCUUGGUCGCUGGCCUCGGCGUUCGGGUACUUCUACAUGGUGUCGGCGUGGGGAGGAUACGUGUUUAUAAUCAACUUGAUUCCCCUGUAUGUUUUGGUGUUGCUGGUGACAGGCCGGUAUUCGAUGCGGCUCUACGUCGCGUAUAACUGCAUGUAUGUGCUGGGAAUGAUGCUCGCCAUGCAGAUCAGGUUUGUGGGUUUCCAGCAUGUGCAGUCUGGAGAGCACAUGGCGGCUAUGGGGGUGUUUUUCUUGAUGCAGGUAUUUUACUUUCUAUACUGGGUGAAGGACAUGUUAAAUGAUACAAAGUUAUUCCAGUCCUUCUUGCAAAUUACUCUGACGUGUGCAAUAGGUGUUGGUACUCUUGCUCUUGGAAUUGGUAUGGCAUCCGGCUAUAUCUCUCCAUGGACAGGCCGUUUUUACUCCUUGCUUGAUCCAACAUAUGCGAAGGACCAUAUUCCGAUUAUUGCCUCUGUUUCAGAGCAUCAACCGACAGCAUGGUCAUCCUUUAUGUUUGACUUCCACAUCCUUCUUAUUCUUUUCCCUGCGGGCCUGUACUUCUGCUUUAAGCGGUUGUCAGAUGCAACUAUAUUCAUAGUCAUGUAUGGCCUGACAAGCAUGUACUUCGCUAGUGUUAUGGUUCGUUUGAUCCUUGUAGCUGCACCUGCAGUCUGCCUAAUUAGUGCUAUCGCAAUCUCUGCCACGAUAAAAAAUCUAACAACUUUGAUACGCAAGAAGAGCAAGGCUGCUUUGACAGUUUCUAGCAAAGCGACAUCUAACUUGAAGGCCUCAGCUAAGGCAUUGCUUGAUCAAUCUCUUCCUUUCCAACGAAAUGGUGCUAUUGCUGUGCUUGUUGGUGCAUUUUACUUGCUUAGCAGAUAUGCUAUUCACUGCACUUGGGUCACAUCAGAGGCAUACUCUUCUCCUUCCAUUGUCUUGGCUGCCAGGGGUGCCCAUGGUGGCAGGGUCAUAUUUGAUGAUUAUCGUGAGGCCUAUUAUUGGCUUCGUCAAAAUACUCCCCCAGAUGCAAAAGUGAUGUCCUGGUGGGACUAUGGCUACCAGAUAACUGCAAUGGGAAAUAGGACUGUGAUUGUGGACAAUAAUACUUGGAACAAUACACAUAUUGCCACUGUUGGGCGGGCAAUGUCAUCAUAUGAGCAUGAAGCUUAUGAGAUAAUGCAGUCAUUGGAUGUAGAUUAUGUACUUGUUGUAUUUGGAGGUCUUACUGGGUAUUCUUCAGAUGACAUUAACAAAUUUCUUUGGAUGGUUCGAAUUGGUGGUGGAGUUUUUCCUGUAAUAAAGGAACCAGAUUAUCUUGUGAAUGGUGAAUAUCGUGUUGACAAGGGAGCAGCACCAAAGAUGUUAAACUGUCUCAUGUACAAGCUCUCCUAUUACCGGUUUGGAGAGGUGACUACAGAAUAUGGGAAGCCUACUGGGUAUGAUCGUGCCAGAGGUGUGGAAAUUGGAAACAAGGACAUCAAGCUUGAAUACCUGGAAGAGGCAUUUACAACAUCAAACUGGAUUAUACGGAUCUACAAAGUUAAGCCUCCGAAGAAUAGGUGGUGAUGCCUUGCACAAUGUUUCCAACUUUCAAGAUGUGCUCCUUUUUCUCCUAGCAGAAGGUGAACCCAGGCGUAGCAAAACAUGGAUUUUCCUCGACUGACGUUCUAUUUGCAGGGGAUGUGGAUUUUAGCAUUAUCAUGAAUUUGAGUUAAGAAAUUUUCCUGAUGAAUUUUCUUAGAAGAAGCCAACUUAAUUUUAAUAUUAAUUUAUCCUUUUAAGAGAAU